CUUCCUAGUCAUCGAACCCCCCUUCCAUCCUCCAGGUCCGCUCCAUGAGGUGACCACGACGACGACGGCAGUCCUUCCCUGAUCGUCUCCUCCCCCUCCCCAACAUCUCGGGCGCCGCUCAAUCCCUCAUCCCGAUCCUCCCGCCGCCUCAUCGUCGCCCUCACGAAACCACCUCGCCAACAUGUUAUCCUCCCUUCGCAUCGGGCUCCCUUCCCCCCGUCUGCUCUUGCCGAACCGCAUCCGCCGGCGCUGGCGGAGCGCGAAGUCUCGCAUCCAUUCGCGCCAGAGCCCGACCUCCGCGGCGCUGACGUCCAUCGAAACUUCAUACCACCCAGCGGACACCAUCCGAGCGUUGCGGAAACAUCGGUGGAGCAAAUAUGAUGCACAGUACCUGCUGUUGGCGUUCAUCGGCAUUUUCGCCUUGUCUGCGGUCCAAGAACCAGGUCCGCUGAUCAAGCUAGCCAUCGCGACGGUGCUGUUGGGAUCGUUAGUGUUGCCGGUGACGAGGCAGUUUUUCCUACCUUUCUUGCCCAUAAUAGGGUGGUUGGUGUUGUUUUACGCAUGCAAAUACAUACCCGCCGAAUACCGGCCCCCGAUAUGGGUUCGCGUUCUUCCCUCCCUUGAGACUAUCUUCUACGGCGCCAACCUCUCCAACAUCCUCUCCGCGCAGAAACAUGUGGUCCUGGACCUCUUAGGGUGGUUUCCGUACGGCAUCCUCCAUUACGGCGGCCCUGCCAUCUUCUCCAUCAUCAUGUUCAUCUUCGGUCCGCCGGGGUUUAUCAACCUCUUCGCCAUCACCUUCGGAUACAUGAACAUCGUCGGAGUGGUCAUCCAGAUCCUGUUCCCAUGCUCUGCACCGUGGUAUGAGAACUUGUACGGCCUCGCUCCGGCGAAUUACAGCAUCCAUGGGAGCCCCGCCGGGUUGGCGGCCAUCGAUAAGCUCUUCCAUAUCGAUUUAUACACCAGUGGGUUCACGGCUAGUCCGCUAGUUUUCGGCGCCUUUCCGAGUUUGCACGCGGGAAAUUCGGUGUUGGAGGCACUCUUCAUGAGCCAGCUUUUCCCCAAACUACGGCCACUCAUCGUGUGCUAUCCUCUCUGGAUGUGCUGGGCGACGAUGUAUCUAAGCCAUCAUUAUGCUGUGGAUCUAGUCGCAGGAGGUUUACUUGCUGGGAUCGCCUUCUUCAUCACCUACACUUACUUCCUCCCGCGAGUUCAACUGGACAAGUCGCUCCGAUGGGACUACGACUACGUCGAGUUCGGCCAGCCGUCGGCCUCCAAUCUCUUUAAUACCUCGGAUUACUCCGCCCUGCUCUCCGAUCGCAUACACUCGGCCGACUCCGACGAGUGGACGCUCGGCUCCUCCUCGUCCAUCGCGGGCAGCUCCCGCGCACGGUCACCGAGCAGUCCGAAAGGAAGCCUAUCCCGAAGUUCGUCAGACGGUCAUGGCGUGUGGGAUGGUGAUACAUUGGGGAGUGGGAGCGAUGGAGAGGUGGUGAGGUAGAAUUACCUGCACUUCCUCCCGACUGCAACACCCAUUGCACCAUUUAUAUCCAUCGCCAUGUCUAUGACAACUCGCUGAAAUCUCUCUAGCAAAGGACUCCGGCUGCAACCCGGCAGACGGAUCAUGUCCGAACCGCUGUUUUCUCCCUCUUUUCCGCGGUGGUAAUAGAGCAUAUUCGGAUC